GGUGGCUCCCGGGCUCCCCACACAGUCACACUCCGCGCGCUCACACACUUGGAGGCGCCUCCCCACGUCCCUCCCCUGCCCUCCUCUGGCUCGGCUCUCCUCUCUCUCCCCGCGAAUAGUCGCCGACAGACUGCCCAUCCUCCUCGCUCCCAGCACCAUGACCGACUGGGAAGCGGUGGCCCAGGCGGAGCAGCUCCGCUGGCGCGGGCGAGAGGAGCAGGAGGAUUAUUAGAUAACGCGGCGCGACUCCGUGCACCUGGGGGAGGAGAGAGGAGCCCGACAGCCGAGGAGGAAGGAAAGAAGGGAGGGCGGGCGGAGGAGGGGGUCCAGGCAAGACGCCCCCGUGCCCCGAAGACAUAAAUCCCCGAGUGCCCGGGAGGAGCCUUAACAAGCGACGCGGAGCCCUCAGGCUGCUAAGUUGGAUAUCACAGUGCAAGCUUUGGGGUCCCAAUGGGGGACUCUGGAUCCAGACGAUCUACCCUGGUCUCCAGGUUGCCAAUAUUCAGAAGAAGUAUCAGCAGAAGACAUGAUUCUCUUCCUUCUUCGCCGUCCUCCAGCAAUACAGCUGGUGUCCACAGCUCCUCUCCUUCCAGCACGAACUCAAGCUCAGGGAGCACAGGCAAACGCAGGAGCAUAUUCCGGACUCCUUCCAUUAGCUUCCACCAUAAGAAGGGGAGUGAACCUAAGCAAGAACCUACCAACCAGAGCCUUAGCAUUUCCAAUGGUGCUCAGGCUGGUCACAGCAGUAUGCAAAAACUGACUUCGGAGGAACAUAUUAAAACCAGGGGAAGACAUUCUGUUGGUUUUAGUAGUUCCAGAAAUAAGAAGAUAACAAGAUCGUUGACAGAGGAUUUUGAAAGGGAAAAGGAGCACUCAACUAAUAAGAAUGUCUUUAUAAAUUGCUUAAGUUCUGGCAAAAGUGAAGGGGAUGAUUCUGGAUUCACAGAAGAACCAACUCGCCGUUCCGUUAAGCAGGCGACAAAGAAGCUGCUUACUAAAUCCUUUUCCUCUCACUAUAAAUUUUCUAAGCCAGUUCCACCGAGCCAGUCCCCUUCAUUGGUACAGCAGUCUGAAUUCUCAUUGGAAAUUACACAGUUCCAAGAGAGAGAACCUGUAUCAGUAAGAGCUUCUCCAUCUUGCUCUGUGGAUGUAACAGAACGGGCAGGAAGCUCUUUACCAUCUCCAUUGCUUUCUGCUGAUCUUACCACAGCUCAGACACCUUCAGAGUUUUUAGCCUUGACUGAAGAUUCUGUCUCUGAAGCCGAUGUAUUUUCUAAAAGUGGAAGCAUGGCAUCCCACUGUGACAACUUUGGCCACAAUGAUUCUACCUCUCAGAUCUCUCCCAAUCCUGCUGCUGUUACAAAGGCAACAAUAGACCGUAUGGGGACUGUUCCCUGUGCAAUUAUGUCUCCUGGGAAAUAUAGGUUAGAAGGUCGAUGUAGCACUGAAUCUAAUUCCUUACCAGAAACCUCUGCUGCUAAUCAGAAGGAAGUGUUAUUGCAAAUCUCUGAACUCCCUGUCACAAAUGGGAGUGACGUAGAGAAUCACCUACCAGCAGAUACUCAAGGAGAAGAGCAUAUGGUAUUACAAAACGGUGAUACAAUGUUGGCAACAAGCUCCCCAAGGAAACUUGGAUUUUAUGAGCAACAUAAAGCAAUAGCUGAACGUGUUAAAGGGAUUCAUCCUAUAUCAGAUUCAAGGAUAAUACCUUCUUCUGGUGAUCGUCAUAUUUUUAACAAAACAUAUGGAUACGAUGCAAAUCCUGCCAAAGUUCUUGCCAGUAGCCUCAGUCCAUAUCGUGAAGGAAGAUUUAUAGAGAGACGACUGCGGUCUUCAUCAGAAGGAACUGCAGGGAGUAGCAGAAUGAUUUUGAAACCAAAAGAUGGAAAUGGAGAAGAAGUUAAUAGUCUAAGAAAGCAAAGAGCAGGUUCGUCAUCUUCAAAAAUGAACAGCAUGGAUGUUUUGAAUAAUUUGGGAUCUUGUGAACUAGAUGAAGAUGAUCUAAUGCUUGAUCUAGAAUUAUUAGAGGAACAGACUCUUCAUCCACCUGUUUGCCGGGAGGAAUCGUACAACUCUGUAGUCUCAUGUGCUGCCGUAGUGCUCACUCCUAUGGAACCAACAAUAGAAACGAGGAAAGGAGAAGAGCUAAAAUUCCCUGAACCUUCCAAACAGAAUCUUUCACUGAAGUUAACAAAAGACAGUGAUCAGGAAGGCAGGUGUUCACAUAUUAGCCGAAUGCCCAGUAGUCCAUCUGCAGACUGGCCCCUGCAAGGUGUGGAAGAAAAUGGAGGCAUAGAUUCUCUGCCCUUCAGACUGAUGUUACAGGACUGCACAGCUGUCAAGACACUAUUGUUAAAGAUGAAGAGAGUUCUUCAAGAGAGUGCGGAUAUGAGCCCAGCAAGUAGCACCACUUCACUUCCAGUUAGUCCUCUUACUGAAGAGCCAUUGCCUUUCAAGGAUAUAAUGAAAGAUGACUGCUCAAUGCUGAAGCUGCAGCUGAAAGAGAAGGAUGAACUCAUUUCCCAACUUCAGGAAGAGCUGGAUAAAGUAAAGCAUUUACAGAAGGCUUUUGCUUCAAGAGUAGAUAAAUCCACACAGACUGAAGUUCUAGGCUAUGAUGCCCUGUGGAAUCCUACAUGCACUGAAGGUUUAUUUAAACCAGUACAUAUUUCAACCUAGGUUAAAUCAUUACUUGACCAUAAGGAAUCGGUGACUUAUUAAAUGUUGAAUAUAAUCAAUUUUCCUUUAUUCUAUAUGCUAACUAUUUCUCAGAGUAUGUAAGACAGAAAUGUUUCCAUUCCAAAUAUUUCACGCAUUUUGCAUUUGUACCAAAUUGCAUAAAAUAUUGAUAAAAGUUUCAACUAACAUAUUCCUACCUUAUUUUUAUUGUACUUUAAAAACAAAAUAGACUUUUAUUUAAAAAUUCUAUGUUCAACUGUUCUAGAAUGUAAUAUUCCACUUGGCAGUACAUAUUUUUUGUUCAAGUUUCUCAUCCAUAUCAUUUGUCCCUGUGGUUAUAGUCUUCAUUUAAUUUCACCACAUAUUCUGUGUACAUUAGGUAAGUUUGAAAACAAUGCUUUUAGCUCUGCUGUCCUAGUAGGGCAAUUUCUACUGAAGAACUAAAUUAUCUCUAUUUUUUCCUUACAUUGAGAUAAAAAGAUGAAAGCAGUAUGUCUUCCAAUAGAAUAAUGAUGGGUCUUAUUCUUAGUAUAGAAAUUAAAAAUCUGUAUCACUAAACAGGUGAAGAAGGUUUAUUGGAUAUGGACCUUAUAAGUAUUGUGGGAAGUUUUUUGAAAUGUCAUAAAUGAAAGCAUACCUCCUAGACUUGAAAUAGCCACAUGAUUUUGGCCUGUCCUUGUGUAUUAACUUUCUAUAAUAGUUAACUUUAAUUAUCAAAUGGCUAGGAAGCAACAAGGCACUCCUGAAUGUUGUAGUUUAUUGCAAGGAUGAGUGAUGGAUCCCAGAGAGUGGCUCAGUGUUAUGGGCAGGGUGCUGGGAACUAGAACAGCCAUAGUGCUAAGGAGAAGAAAGCAGGUGUUAUUGAGUUCUAUAAAAUAAUCAUGGUUAAUGGUGGUAACAUUCAAGAAUAUGUUAUAAAAUUUCUUAAAUUAUUUGUGUUGUUACAUAACAUAUUACGCAUGGUCAAAUGCUGGGUUUAAAUCAUGGUACUGAAAUAAAACUACAAAUAUAUUUAUUUACAUGAAAACACUGUAUGCCUCGUUGAUUUUGCCACUUAA